UAAGCCAUUAAACGAUUUCAAUCUUCAAUGUAACGCCAAUAACAGCUGCUUUUUGUUUAUUUCAUUCAUUCAUAGCAAGUGCCAUUGAACCCAUUGAAGUUGCAUUGUGAUUAAUCGUUCAAUUAUUAUGGCAGAAAUAAAGAAAUAUUUUUUAGAAUCUUUUCUACCUUCCAUUCAAUCAACAACAACCAAUGUCGACAUAUCUGAUUUAUACGACGAAAGUGCUAAAUGGACUCCAGUCCCACUUACGUAUUCCAACAAAUUUGAAUCGGUGAUGAACUUGUCUGCUGUGAUCAUAAAGAAUCUGUGCAAGCUAUUCAGAGCAACCAAAAAGGUUCCCAGGCUUGCAUUUGAUGUAAUAGCCCAUAUCGUGAAUGAUUCGACCGACCAACCAGACAUACUUCUUCGGCAAAUUCUGUUGUGCCAUGUAACAAAGAGACAGGCCGAUGCAGGAUAUUUCGUAUAUAUAGUCACUAGUAUAGAGGACCUGAAACUCAAACGCGUGCCUUUACAGGACGAACUCGAAUGGGUCGCGUUGGCACAUAAAGUCAUAAAACACGCACAGAUAAAUCAUAAAAUCAACGAAUGUUUGACUGAUCUUGGUCAGUCUAUCACCGAGGUAACCGAGUUUGAGAAGAAAGAUCAAAUAAAAAUAACUUUGGUGGAAUCUGGUCUAAAAAUACUCCGAGGCUUUGUUGGAUUAGAGGAACUCUUUAUCCAUACCGACCAUUUUAGACAAAAAAUAAAUGAUUUCAAAGGGAGUCUCGAACAGCUGCAGCUGGUAUCCAAAAUGGAUAUUAUUUCCAUCGCGAUACAUGAAUAUGCACAUUUAAAGAUCCGGCAGAGCAACGGUGACUUUAACAUGCAUUCGCCAGUUGUGGGACAUCUCCAUGGGCUGCCUGUCAUUCCACAUGAAUUCGGCACUUUUACUGAAAGAAAGAUAUUUGGCAAGCAAAUAGAUUGGUUUGCGUCGUACCGAGCAAUGGAUUAUGAAUUCGUGGAAAGAUUUGUGCACUCAGUGGAAAAUGGUGGCCCGCUUCCACCUAGUUACAUUGAAUCCUCCGGUGUCGUACCUCGUUUGGGAGAUCCGUAUGUAGACGGUGCCGACAUUGAAGUCAACAACUACAUUUGCUAAGCCCGUCCAAUAUUAUUACUAUUUAUGCACUGCCGCCAAAGACCACAGAUGUCGAUGAUGGUGACCAAUGUCGGAAAAAGCAAGCGAUCGAAAAGAUGGAGAAAUUAAUCAAAGAGAAAAAACGGAUCCUAAAGCGGGUGGGUGUGGUUCUGAACCAAACAAACAAAUUGUGGGUUUUAUGUAAUUUCGUCCCUUUUGGAUUUCGAAUUUUCUUUUCUUUUUUGUUCUUUUAAAUUUUACUUUUGCAAAUUCAUAUUCGUUUUCUACGAUUUCAAUUUUUCGGUUGCAAUAAUUGGUCGGCUUGUUUUCAUCCAUGAGUUUUGCUCCGUUCUCGUCCACGAAGAUUAAAUGAAUUUUACCAUCGCACUUCAAGCAAAAGUGCUAUUAAAGACAGCUGUCAAAUAGAGUACU